AUGCAGGUCAUCUCUGCGGCCCCAUGGGGCUCGUACGCAGAAUAUGUCCACGGUAUGUUUCAACGGACGACACAUGAUAGCGAAUGGAACCUUUGCCAAACUGCUUCCCGGACUGAUCCAACUGAGGCACAUAAUGAUAUUCAAGAAGCUCUUGCAGAGUUGGAAUCUCGUGUGGAUACCUUUCAUUUUCCAGACUCCUUGGACUUUCAACAAGCUCCAGCGAAUGGGCAAGUGCCCCAGCUUGCAGACACCAAGAGAAACACGGCCGUAAAUGAACAUUACAAGAAGCUGGAAGAGCUAUCAAACAGGCUCCAAAGGAUCAAGACGAAGGGCGACGAGGCAGUAAGGAGUUCAAAGGCGGACGCAAUAGCACAAGUUCAGGAGGAGCUCGAAGAGUUAGAGCGUCGGAAGAUGGCUGUCUGGCAUAACGUGAGUUUGUUAAUGGGUCGAUAA